UUGAGUCCAGCCCACCUGCAAACCCUUCUCCUUCCUCUCUCGACCUCGCUCUCGCUCACCCUCGCUGCCUCUUCUCUUUUGCUCGUCCACUCGCGCUCGCCCUCGCUUUCUGCUUCUCUCUUGCUCUCGCUCGCCCUCCGGCCCUCGCUGCCUUUCUCUUGCUCUCGCUCGACCCCCCUCGCCCUCGCUCGCUGCCUCUGAUUCAGGUUUUCGUUUUACCCCCCAAACUUCCAGUCUCCAGAUCUGCUUCAUUCGAGCCCGGAUCUGUAUUGCUGGAGUAACCAUUCACAAAAAGAUGAGUUUGAUUUCUCAAAAUGUACUUCCUAAUGACCAAAUUGAGGAGAUUAAAAGGAAGACCUCUGAGAAGCCUUCACUCUCAGAUGGUGACAAAAUAAAGAAGAGAAAGAAAGAGCAGAAGGAAGAGGACAUACAGAUGGUAAUUCAUCAGGAAAAAGAAAUGAAGAAGUUGGAGAACUUUUUGUUUGGUUCUUUGUACUCCCCAGUUGAGUUUGGGAAGGAUGAUGGGGAGGAACUGAUGAACGUGCCUGGCAAGAACUCUGCUUUGUUCUUCACAGACAGGUCUGCAGAUACGGUGGUCUCUGUUUAUGAGGAGAAUGUGAUGCUCCAGGAGAGUAGUAACGAUGAAGGGAAAGGAGGGGAAAGGGAACCUGUAUGGGUGGAUGAGGAGGAGAAAAAGAUCAGCAUAAAUAUAGCUAAAGUUAACAGAUUAAGAAAGCUGAGGAAGGAAGAGGAUGAGAAUGUGAUAUCAGGUUCAACAUACAUGUCCAGAUUAAGGGCUCAGCAUAUAAAGUUGAACCCAGGAACAGAGUGGGCCCAACUUGAUUUGCAAACUGGGUAUUACAGCUCUGAUGACGAAGAUUCUGGUAAAGAAGAUGGGAUAUCUUUGGCACGUGGUUAUAACAAUAUUGAACGUGUUGAUGAAAUUCUCCAAACAAAUGAGGACCUUGUUGUGAAGAGCAGUGUGAAGCUGUUGCCUGGACUCCUUGAGUACUCAAGAUUAAUAGAUGCAAAUGCUGAGGAUCCUUCCAGUGGUCCCAUAAAUUCAGUUCAGUUCCAUAGGAAUGCUCAAUUGCUGCUUACUGGUGGAUUAGACAAAAAACUGAGGUUUUUCCAGAUAGAUGGCAAAAGGAACACAAAAAUACAAAGUAUCUUCCUAGACGAUUGUCCUGUUAGGAAGGCCGCUUUCUUACCUGAUGGAUCUCAAGUGAUUGCAUCAGGAAGAAGAAAGUUCUUCUAUAGUUUCGAUCUAGUGAAAGCAACUGUUGAUAAAAUUGGGCCCCUUACUGGGAGGGAGGAGAAGAGCUUGGAAGUUUUUGAGGUUUCACCUGAUUCUAGAACAAUCGCUUUUGUGGGUAAUGAAGGAUAUAUCUUGUUAGUCUCAUCAAAAACAAAGGAACUUAUUGGAACGCUCAAGAUGAAUGGGACUUGUAGGUCAUUAGCUUUUGCUAAUGAUGGGCAACACUUACUUAGCUCUGGUGGUGAUGGGCAUGUUUAUCAUUGGGAUCUGAGAACAAGGGCUUGCUUCCACAAGGCUGUUGACGAAGGCUGCAUAAAUGGUACAGCUCUUUGUACAUCCCCAAGUGGAAGUCUAUUUGCAGCUGGUUCAGACAGUGGGAUUGUGAAUAUUUACAAUAGAGAAAAUUUUUUGGGGGGCAAGAGAAAACCGAUGAAGACCAUUGAGAAUCUAACCACAAAGGUGGAUUUUAUGAAAUUCAAUACAGAUAAUCAGAUAUUGGCAAUCAGUUCUAGCAUGAAGAAAAAUAGCCUUAAGCUAGUUCACAUUCCAUCAUUUACUGUCUUCUCUAACUGGCCUCCACCAAAUCGAACCCUACAUUAUCCCCGAUGCUUGGACUUUAGUCCUGGUGGUGGUUUCAUGGCUCUAGGAAAUGCAGCUGGAAAGGUCUUAUUGUAUAAGUUGCAUCAUUACAACCAUGCAUGAGGCAACUAUGAAUUAUGUAUUUUCAUGAAAUUUUGUUCAUCACUCAAUUUCAUGUUUAGGAUGCUCUGUUACCUAAAAAGUAGAGCAGUUUAAUACAUUCAGUCUUUAAGUCUUGAUGCUUUCCUCUUUUAUUUAAAAGAAAACGGUCAUUUGACCUUUUACACUCUA